AUGGAUUGCAUUGAUAUUUCAACAGGAACAUUAAAUGAUGAAGAUGAGAAUGAUUCAGAAGAACCAGUUCAGCCAUUAAAUCAAAAUAAUGAACAAAUAAUUCAAGAGAAUCAGUAUCUUCAUCACAUGAAUGAGCAAUUACAAGAAUCAAUAACGAAAAUGAAAGCUCAACUUCAAGAUGCGCUUAGUGCUGUUGAAAAAUCGAACUGUUUUACAGAACAAAUUCAACAACUCAAAGAUCAAUUACAGGAAGCAAGAGCACUAAAUGAGCAAUAUCAAAAAGAGAUUGAGCAAUCUAAAUCCAUGACUGUUCAAAAUAGUAAUGUAGAAAAUUGCGCAGAAAAUAUUGUUAUUACAGAUCAAAUCAGUUCCUUACAAGCUCAAAUAGCAAAAUUAAAGAAUGAACGCACUAUUUUCAAGCAAGCUGAUGCCGAAAAGACUGAAUACAUAGAUCUUUUAUCAAAUUCAAUACUUAAAUUAAAAAGCUUGAAGAAAAAGAUGAAAAAGAAAAUCAUUUCAUUAUCUGAAUCUAAUAGUCAGAUGAAAGAUUUACUUAAUGAAGCUGAGGCUAAAGCAAAGAAAGAAGAAGAACAAAAAUCAAAUUUAUCAUCAGAAGUUGAACAGCUAAAGGCUAGUCUCGAAUCAAAAGAUAAGCAAAUUAAUGAGUUAAGUAUCAAUGUUUGCCAAUUGCACAAUGAAAUUCAUGCAAAAGAUACUGCUAUCGAAUUCAUUCAAAAACAGAUUGAAUCUCAGAUUGAUGAAAUGGCAGAAUAUGAAAACCAACGUAGUUUAUUUGAUGAUAUAUUAGGAAAGAUGAAUAAAAUGGCAGUAUUGAGUGAAAAUACAAUCUUAGAUUUAGAAGAGAAGCUAAAAGCAAAGCAACAAGAUCAGCCAAAGAAAGAAGCUGAAAAAUCCAAUGUAAAUAUUUUCAAUAAAGCAAACAUUCUUGAUCUAAAACUUCCGUUCCAGGGUGAAAUUAAAGAUGAUCUUGAGAAAAUCUUGAAACUUGUUCAGUAUGAUCCAGUUCAACGCUUACAAUUGAUCAUCAACGAGUUAGCUAAGACAAUUGAAUCUAUUACGAAAGAAAAUUUCAUUCAGAAGAAACAAUUAUCAAAUCUUAAUUCAAAUCAGCCCACAUCUUGUGAAGAUCAAGGAAAUUAUAAGGAAAUUCUUGCUUCUCUUAUUACUUAUUUGAGAAAUUCAUCGAAUAUUCCUGAAAAUGGCGAAGAUGAUGAAUUCAAUAAUUUCAUUGCAGAAAAAUUCUCUAAUAUUGAUCAAAUCAUAGAUGAAAAGAUGAAAGAAGAUGAGAACUACAUAAAUAAUUCUUUCUUCAUGGAGAAAGACAUAGAAAAACGAAAAGAAAUGAUAACAAAUCUUUUGACGAAAGAUGAUAUUACAAGAGAUGUUUUGAUUGCACAAUUCUUGAUCAGCAUGGAUCACAAUGAGCCUAAAAAGCCAGAAGAAACCGAGAAUGCAAACGAAAAUGAAAAUAAUGAAGAAUCUGUCUUCGAAGAAAAUCUCCCUCAAAAUGAUCUUCAAAAUACAAUCAAUGAACAAGCUGAACAGAUACAUAAACUUAAGGAGACCAGGAGAAAGAUGUAUGACAACAUAAAGAAGCUUCAAGCAGCUAAAUUAGAGCUACAAACCAAAGAUUCUGAACAAAAGUCAAAGAUCAAUGCAUUAGAACUUGAAAUAGAUAAUGUUCAACGCGAAAACAACAUUCUUCAACUGAAGAUAAACGUUUUGAAUCAUGAUAUCGCAAUGAAAAAUGCUCAAAUAAAUGAAGAGUUAGAAAAGAAAGAUAAUGAAAAUAAAGACUUCCAAAUGUUACAAGAGAAAGUUUUAUCUCUUGAAAAAGACCUUCUAAUUAAGACACAAGCUAAUGAAGAUCUUACAAAUCAAAUGCAGAAACUUCAAGCCAAACUUGAUGCAAGUAAAAAGUCACAUGCUAAAGCCACAAAGAAACUUGAAGAUUCUUAUAUCAAUAAGAUUAAUGAAAUGGAAGGAAGGCUUCACGAAGUUGAAGAAAAGAGUAAUUCUAAAGCUAAACUCAUGAAGAAGAACUUAAAUGGCGUUAAACAACAAUACGAAGAAACAAUUUCAACAAUCACUAAGCAAUAUAAUGAUGUUAAAACAUCACUUGAAGAAACAAUUAAGUCCCUAAACACUAAAUUAAGUGAUCAUAGAUCAGACAUUCAGAAAUUGAACGAGAAGCUUAGAGCCGAAGAAAAUCUUGUUGAUCAAUUUACAAAGCAAAAUGAAAUUUUGCGAAGCUCAAAUGACCAAAACGAACAAGAACUAACUAGAAUCAAAAACGAGUAUGCAAAAGAGAAGAAAGCUCUUCAAGCUAAGAUUACUUCCAUCAAUUUCACAUGCGAUGCACAGUUAAACGAAAAAGUUCUUUCCCUUGAAAGAAAAUACAAUACAAAGAUAAAUAGUUUCAUACAAAACGUUUCUGAGACAAUUGGAAAGUAUUACAACAUAAGUGAAUCAUCUCUAAAUGAAGAAACAAUGGGUCAGCUUCUUCUUCAUGCUAAAGAUGAUUUAGACAAAUUGAAAUAUUUCCAAUCUGAAUCAUUAGAAAAAGCUCAAACAAAAUAA